CAUGGACGGAAUCUAAACACCAGCCUCAUAGAUUCGGAGUCCUUCCUGUUUUGGCUCUCUGCGAAGCCCUAAUCGCUUCGCCACCCACCCCCCCCAAACGGUGCGUUUUGUGCUCAAUUCAAUACAAUUCGAUAACCAUGAAAUGAAGCUCUAGUUUACAUUUCAAUGGCCUCAUACCGAUUCUACUCUUAUCAUCAGUAACAUCAACAACGGCGAUAACUGAAACUUUACUGAUUGAUAUUCAAGCUUCAUGGACACUCGUAGAGGUUGGCGUGCAGUCCCUAAGGUCCGCCAGGUCGGAUUCUUCACUCCCAACGAGCCUCUGCCGCCGGCUCGGACUCAGUCUGGUCCGCCUGACUCUAGCUCCUCGCCGCUCUCCAAUUCUCCUGCGGGCAACUCCUUAUCUCCAGUAAUGAUCCCCCCACCACGUCACCUCUCUGAUAACCUUGCUCAUCGCGCCACCUCGCCACUCCCUGUCCCCGAGCCAUCUGCCUAUCGCCGUCCUAUCCCCGGCGGCGACCAUGUGACUGUGGUGGGGAGCUACAAUCCGAACGAAAUGCUGCUCGGGGCAUCCUCGCCUUCAAGUAGGAUAGGUGAUGGAGAAUUUUCGGAGGAAUCUUCUCUUGGUUGGUUUCGCCGGAGUAACUCUGCUAAGUUCGCUUCGAGUUUCCCUGGUGGUGGAUUCGAUUUGACGUCGAUAAGAUCAUCCGAGACUUUGGAAGUUGGAGUGAAAAAGCCCGUUGGAGUUAAAAAGCCUGUUGAAGUACCUGAAAAAAGUGGAAUGGCUGCUGCAGAUCUGCAAAUUGAAUCACAAUCAAGUUCAAAGCCGUUGAAAGAGAAGACGACAAAGGCCGAAAGACGUGCAUUGCAGGAAUCCCAACGAGCUGCAAAAGCUGCUGCAAAAGGAGAAGCUACUGGUAAACCUGCUAUAUCAUCUGAGGGAGCAGCUACCAGUAAACCUGUGAAGCAGCAACAAUCCCAUAAGAAAGGGGCUCCUUCUUCUGCAGCGUCAGUUGCUGCUUUUGAUAGGAAAGGAGUGGAUCGUCCACCAGAGAAAGAGAAGAAGAAAGAAGUCCCUCCUCCGCGCAUGCAGUUUGAUGAUAAAAAUCGAGUGGAAAAGGCUAAAAAGCGUGCAGUGGUCAAUCAAACUGAAGCUAGGAAUAGGGUUGAGUUGUUCCGGCACUUACCUCAAUAUGAGCAUGGAACUCAGCUUCCUGAUCUUGAGGCCAAAAUUUUCCAACUUGAUCCAAUGCAUCCUGCUAUUUACAAGGUUGGAUUACAGUAUUUGGCAGGAGAUAUCUCUGGGGAUAAUGCUCGUUGUAUUGCAAUGCUACAGGCAUUCCAGGAAGUCAUCAAGGACUACUCCACACCGCCAGAAAAAUCUCUUACCAGGGAUUUAACAGCAAAACUAGGUAGUUACAUUUCCUUUUUGAUUGAAUGCCGGCCACUUUCUAUGAGUAUGGGAAAUGCAAUUAGAUUUCUGAAGAGUCGUAUUGCAAAGUUGCCUUUGAGUCUAUCUGAAUCGGAAGCAAAAGAAUCCCUUUGUUCAGAUAUUGAUCGGUUCAUAAAUGAGAAGAUAGUACUUGCUGACAAGGUGAUAGUUAGACAUGCUGCUUCAAAAGUCAGGGAUGGGGAUGUUCUUCUUACGUAUGGAUCAUCAUGUGUUGUUGAGAUGAUUCUGUUAUAUGCCCAUGAGCUUGGGAAACAGUUCCGGGUUGUGAUAGUGGACUCACGUCCUAAACUUGAAGGCCAAGCUUUACUUCGCAGGCUGGUGGCAAAGGGCCUGAGUUGUACAUAUAGUCACAUAAAUGCAGUUUCUUAUAUCAUGCAUGAAGUCACUAGAGUUUUUCUGGGGGCUUCCUCUGUAUUGUCCAAUGGGACUGUUUAUUCAAGGGUAGGAACUGCAUGUGUUGCUAUGGUUGCUCAUGCAUUCCGUGUUCCAGUUCUAAUAUGCUGUGAAGCCUAUAAGUUUCAUGAAAGGGUUCAACUGGAUUCAAUAUGCUCAAAUGAACUAGGUGAUCCAGAUGCCAUUGCAAAGGUUUCUGGAAGAAUGGAUGUAAACUACCUGGAUAAUCUGGCUAAUAAAGAAAAUCUUCAGCUUUUAAAUUUGAUAUAUGAUGCCACUCCUUCAGAAUAUAUCUCUAUGAUUAUCACUGAUUAUGGCAUGAUCCCACCUACAAGUAUCCCUGUUAUCGUCCGUGAAUAUCGGAGAGAACACUUGUGGAUAUAAUUUUACAUGGACAUUUAUUAUUGUUGGGCAAAUAAGGUGCUUCAUGCCGAGUUUCAGUUAAGGAACCAAGCACACAGUAAUGGAGCUGCACACGAGAUGAUAAUAAGACCUGGAAAUUCUACAGCGUUUAUUGUGAUAUAUUCUGCCCUUGUGAUGAUUGUAUUCUUGUCAAAUUUAAUUUGUAUUAGUUUUCCUAAGUAAAAUGUGCAGGAGGGUGCGAUUUGUCGCUCCUGCUGACGGUUUUGAUUUUGGAAGUGUUCAUAUUUGUAACAAAAACUUUCCCCCUUGUAUGGUUGCUCCUUUUUUUAGUCGAAUUGGAUGCAAUGAAUCAUUUGGUUACCCUUCA